AGACCAAUCAACAAUUUGUAGUAGGCCGCCUGCGCGCGCAGGAAAGAUUCCCCUUCCCCCCUCUUUUUUCUAGGAAGCGAGAACUGUACGUGAACACGCUGUUAGUCGUGAGCGGUGGACCCACCGGCGAUUUCAGAGGCCGCCAAAACAAAACUAGUGUAUACUUGGUUUAGUGAAAAAGUUGUGUGGAAAAUUUAUCUGAAAUUAUAUACGAUGUAUCGUCAGGCCAUUCUGCAAAUUCUCCCUAAAUGGCAUUUUUGGAACAACAGAGUAUGUUUUUCUCAUGUUCAACGUAAGAACAUUCAGAAGAUCUUAGAAGUUAUAAAGGAAAACAACAGAGCCCAAAAAUUCUGCGGUAUUCUCAUAAAGGCUAAAGAAGUCACUCAAGAAUCUGAUUGUAUCUCUCUUCACCCUCCCGUAGAAAUUUCCCUGAAUAAAGAUGAGUUAGAAGUUCAUUCAAUUAUCUGUGAGCUAAAAGAAAUCAUUCAUAAAGAUAAGCCUGAAUAUAUUCUAAUUGAUACGAUCUUAAAAGCGCUUGGAAAUAGCUCUAAUGAAACACGUCAGCAGCUUAUUUCACUUCUUUUUAGUAUUGAUACAGUUAAUUUCUUGAAUCCCAAGAGCCAGAGUUCAAAAGAAUACUUGAAAUAUUUCAUAAGUGAUGUUGAAUGCUUUUUUAGAAAUGCAAAUGAGAUAAAUCCUGAGAGGAUUUUAGAUACCCAAGGAGCUUUAAAAAUGGUUGAAAAUAGAUUAUUUAAUGAUACAUACCAAGAUAUGUCAAAUGUUGUAUAUCCGUCUUCAAUCUCUUAUUUGUAUUCAAUAGUGCACAGCGUAAUAUUUGACGAAGGUAAUCACUCUGNGCGAAAUUGGUUGAUUAGUUCUUGA